ACAGCCUAUCGUCAACGGCUUAUUGCUGACAAUAACCUUCCACCUAAGCAUUUAUUCUCAUCUAUGGCAAGCCUUUCUUAUGAAAGAGAACCUAUACACGUUAAAACGGCAUAUGUGAAUCUAUCUUUACAAUUACGAUCUGAGAGAUAA